CUCUUAAUUGAAUUAAGCUAAAGCGCAGCAGCUCUUUUCUGCACUUGAGGUUUCAGUGUCGAUUACACUGUACGAGAAGUCAACUUGAGAGGAACAGCGUUGGAGUAUAAAACAGUGUAGAGUGAGUGGGGGUGGUAGGUCGGUCGGUUGGCUGGUUGUCUUGGGCCUCCUGCAGAAUGCUGCCUCCGCGGAUGCUGUGGGGCGCUGUGGCGCGUCAAGUCGCUCCGCGUCUCACCUACAGCACCGCAGCACAGCCACAGGUGAAGCCACAAAAGACCAAAUUUGGGCCUCUGAGUGACCAAGACCGGAUAUUCACCAACUUAUAUGGCCGGCAUGACUGGAGGCUCAAAGGAGCACUCAAAAGAGGAGACUGGUAUAAGACUAAGGAGAUCAUGCUGAAGGGAAAGGACUGGAUCCUGAAUGAGGUGAAAAUCUCAGGGCUUCGGGGCAGAGGUGGAGCUGGAUUUCCCACUGGCAUGAAGUGGAGUUUCAUGAACAAACCCAGCGAUGGCAGGCCCAAGUAUCUGGUGGUGAAUGCUGAUGAGGGGGAGCCUGGGACUUGUAAAGACCGUGAGAUAAUGCGUCACGACCCCCAUAAGCUGAUAGAGGGCUGUCUGGUGGCCGGGAAAGCCAUGGGAGCCUGUGCUGCAUACAUCUACAUCAGAGGAGAAUUUUACAACGAGUCGUCAAACCUACAGGUGGCCAUUAAUGAGGCAUACAGGGCAGGGCUGAUUGGGAAGAACGCCUGUGGCUCGGGGUAUGACUUUGAUGUGUUUGUGAUGCGGGGGGCCGGGGCCUACAUCUGCGGAGAGGAGACAGCCCUCAUUGAGUCUCUUGAGGGCAAACAAGGGAAACCCAGACUCAAGCCACCUUUCCCAGCAGACAUAGGGGUGUUUGGGUGCCCAACAACAGUGUCCAACGUGGAGACGGUUGCUGUGGCGCCCGCGAUCUGUCGCCGAGGUGGAGCUUGGUUUGCCAGCUUUGGGAGGGAGAGGAACUCUGGGACGAAGCUGUUCAACAUCUCCGGUCACGUGAACAACCCGUGCACAGUGGAGGAGGAGAUGUCUGUCCCUCUGAGAGAGCUAAUAGAGAGACACGCAGGUGUGUGUUUACAGCCCACCUCUUUGUCGGUGUUUUGUUUGCUUUACGAGAUGUUGACAUGGCGUCCUUGUGUUUCUUCUCGCGUGUCUGGCACAGGAGGAGUGAGGGGUGGCUGGGACAAUCUAUUAGGGGUGAUCCCAGGGGGGUCUUCCACUCCCAUUAUCCCUCGGCAUGUGUGCGAUGAUGUUUUGAUGGAUUUUGACGACCUGGUCCGCGCAGAGACUGCCCUGGGAACUGCAGCCGUCAUCGUCAUGGAUAAAUCGACUGAUGUGAUCCGAGCCAUUGCACGUUUGGUUGAGUUCUACAAACAUGAGAGCUGUGGCCAGUGCACCCCCUGCAGAGAGGGAGUGGACUGGAUGGACAAAAUUAUGUGGAGGCUUGUAAAAGGAGAAGCAGCCGUUUCAGAGAUCGACAUGAUUUGGGAGCUCAGCAAACAGAUAGAGGGUCAUACCAUCUGCGCCCUGGGGGAUGGAGCUGCCUGGCCUGUGCAGGGUCUGAUCCGACACUUCCGUUCCGUCAUGGAGAACCGCAUCGCUCAGCACAACAAGACAAGUCCCCCAAGAGUGACAGAGAUCGAAAUGAUCUGAAACCAGCAUUCACCCUAACUCAAGAGUAACAUAGCUCAGUAUUUUAGACUGCCACACAUAAUUUUGAACGUAGUUUAAAAAGACUUAUAGUGGAGUAUCCAGCACUUAAUCCACUAAUUAUUUUGGCAAGAAGAUCCGACUGGAAUACGAUACGAUAACAAGGAAAACUCUCAAACACAGCAAUAAAUUAAGUUUAUUUCAUAAAAGAAAGAAAUAAGUUCAAUGGGUUGACUAUACAUGUGAGUCCAAAAGGAUCUACACAAAAAAAAAGAGAGCAGAUGAAAGAAUGACGUCCCUGACCAACAGAUUAAAGGAAAUAAGCAGGUGUGAAAGGUAGGAAAAGCUGUGCUGGAAUCAAAUGAGAACUGAUGGGUGAUGUACAACACCACUGUCCUGUGCUAUCUUCAAAAAGACAUUAUAUUCAAAUACUUUGUCUGCUGUGGAGUUUCUUCAAGUUCGAAAUAAAUCUGGAGGCUGAAUAUCA